GCGUAUUGCUAGACCGUACAUAAGAAAACACGAGUAUAUAAUUGUAAAAUUAUGAACGUAAAGUUAAAUUAAUCAAAUCUAAACGUCGGCGUUGAGCCGAUACCUAGGUUUAUGGAUUAUGGAUAAAAUAUAUACAAUGUCAAUAACGUUACUGAUAUGUUUGCUUAUACCUAAAGGUAUAUUGACAUUCAAUUUCGCUCCUAACUUUGGAAAUGGUAUCUUCGAUCCUCUAUUGCCAACAUCUGAUUCAUCAGACGACUAUCUAGAAAAUGAUAGGGAUAUAAUGCCCAUAAGAAAGGUCCGAAACGAACCAAAUGAGCCAUUAAACUUAGUAAUUAAUAACAACGCACGGAAAUCAAAAGAUUAUGAAGAAUGUCUUGAAGUCGGUAGUAGAAUACUAUGUGGCUAUGGAAAGAACAUCGGACUGAAUAAAGUUGAUCAAAUAAUCGAUUUAGGCAACGGUUGUCGACUUCGCGGUGAUAGAAUGGAAUGCGGUUAUGACAAUAAACUCAAACUUCAAGAUAAAACUAAACAGACAGAAAAACCUGUAGAGAGACAAAGACCGACAAGAACCCCAAUAUCUGGAAUAUCAAAUAAAGACCACAAAGUCGAUAGUGACAUCCUUGAGAAUAAAUUGCUAAAAUCCACAUUGGACGAACAGUUAGUGAAAUCUAUAGCUAAACCGUCUGUUUUUAUUGAACCCGCAACAACUACAAAAGAGACAACGAAGCAAAUAUCUUCAACCGUUGAAAAGGGUUCCGUCUGAAAUUCCGUUUUGAUGUUACUGCGCGCCACACCACGCUGAGGUGGUAGCAGUCCUUUUGAUGUAGGCAUGCACUAUAAACAUCCAUCGUUGUUUCUUUAUUGUUCUUCUUGCAAUAUAUUUCUUUUUCUUUCUAUUUAAGUUUAUUAAUAUUUUUUUGGUUACCUAUGACCUAUGCAUUUUAUUAUUGA